AUGUUUGCAAGACAGAAAAUCGAAACCGCCGCCAGAUUUGGCGUUAAAAUGGGUGGCAUUAGACUUGCAUCAUCAGCCAACUUUGCGAACAAAGUGACUGGUUUCGUCAACUGUGCCACCUACUGGACCAAGGUCACUGGAGAGGUUGCUAAACAGGUUUAUACGAAGGAAGGAUUUGCCCCACCAAAAUCCGCUGAAUUCAAGCAAUUGUACGAUAAUACUGUUGAACAGAGCCUUUCGUUCGUGAAAAGUCCAAAGUCGUACACGGUUUCUGUGGUCAGAGCAGCGCAGAACUUCUCGUCCAAUGACUUUUUCAGAUACUCGUGCUACUUGAUUCAGAUUCUCGGUUGCUUUGCUCUCGGAGAGAUCAUUGGCAGAAGAAACUUUGUCGGCUAUCCAAAGUACGGUCCUAAGACGAACUAG